UGCUAAAAGUAUAGGUAUAGUUAAUUUAACUGAAAAGGUUAAAGUCCUCUUUAGCUUAUCAAUAAUAUUGUUGUUAUUUCUCCUUUAAUGUGGUCCUUCUCCUCACUAAACACAUUUUACGCCGUUAACUUGCUUACACCGAAAAAGGGAACUGGGAACAUGCUCCUCUUGACAACUCCACGGCUAGUCACAUCUCUGGAAAGUUGAGUAAAGGUUGCUAUUAGUUAUCUGUUUUCAAUUUGCUAAUGCACUGGCAGUUUUACUAAGAUUCUGUACACUAAUUCAUUCUAUGGUGCUACUUAAAUCCAUGUCGUCCAUAUGUCUCAUCAAGGUUGGGAACCUAUCAACUUAUCAAAGAGCUAGCUAAGGGUAAGUCUAACAUAAAGAUAGUGGAGUUCAGGUGGCGACCUGGCGAACUUUACCUGAAUGUGCCAGCUAAACCUUUGUUUGGCAGACCGCGGUUUGAGCCUCUGACCCCUGAAGUCGUUCUCACAAUGAUUCAAGCCUUGAAUGGUGCCAGACAACUUGCCACGACUACAUGAAACGCGCUGCCUCAGAGUUCCGUUUGCCAGUCCCUUGGGGGGAGCUGAGAGGGCAGGUUUGGGGUCCUGAGGAGGGCCGUCCAAUCUUAUGCCUGCAUGGCUGGGCAGACAACUCCGGGUCCUUCAACACCCUGAUCCCGCUGUUGCCACAAGAGUGGAGGUGUGUGGCAGUGGACAUGGCAGGUCAUGGCCUCUCUUCCCCACGGCCUCCUGGAGUAUUCUACACCUUCCCUGCAUAUAUCACUGACGUGAGGAGAGUUGUCGAAGCCCUCCAAUGGAAGCGGUUCUCCAUACUUGGCCACAGCAUGGGGGGCAAUGUGGCUGGAAUGUUCAGUGCACUGUUCCCUGAGAUGGUGGAGGGUCUGGUGCUUCUGGAUUCCUAUGGGUUCCUGCCCACUAACACGAACGAGCUGCCCGGGAUAGUGAGGCAGGGGAUUGAGGAAAUGGUGCGGUUGGAGGAGACUGAGAAGGAUGGGAAGAAGGAGAGGAUUUAUACCUAUGAGAAGGCCAUGCAGAGGUUAAUGGCAGCCAACCCUCAUCUAUCAGAGCAAUCAGCUAAGAACCUUCUAGAAAGGGGAAUAAGAGAGGUUGAAGGAGGUUUUGUGUUCACGAGAGACUUCAGACUCAACCUGAAAAACGUGACCCGCAAUAGUCUGGAGCAGUGUUUAGAGUAUCAGUCCAGGAUCCAGGCCCGUGUGCUGCUCUUAAUGGCUGAUGCUGGUCUGAAUAAAUCCUUCCCCCUACCUGAAGGCUGCUCUGAGUCCCUCAUGAACGGGUACCAGAGAAGUAAGAACAUGAAAGUCAUGACGGUGUCAGGUGAUCAUCACGUUCACAUGAACCAGCCGGAGGGCCUAGUGCCCAUCAUCACCGACUUCCUGCAGUCCGUCGGCUCAGCGCAAGCCACUGAGAACACAGCCAAGCUAUAACACAAGCUCAUUUUACUUACACACACAUGCGGGCACACACACACACACACACACACACACACACACACACACACACACACACACACACACAUAUCAUACAUACAUACAUACAUACACAUGUGCGCAACUUUUAGUUCACUGAUCAAAUGAACAAGAACUAAUUUGAAUAAAUAAUUGUAUUUGUCAUAAAUAAAUAUAGCUCACAAUUACAUACUUCUUAACGCAAGCUGUAAACACUACAAAGUUCUGUGCAUCUAGUUUCUUCAUUUCAGUGCAUGCCAGUGAAACUAAAACAAACAGUGGCUGGAACAAGGAAUUGUCGAGAAGCUUUCUCCUUUCAAGAACAACUGUAUCAUGGUAGUCUAAAGAUCAUUUAUGUUUUUUUUAUCUGUAACAAAGACUACCGACUUUUCAUUCACUUACGUUACUCCAACCAUGUGGAAAACCAGUGCUGUGGCAUUAACAUAUUUAAGUUCGGUUUUAAUACUGUUCAAAUACUCUUUAUACUAAUGUAGUUUUAAUGCUGUUCAAAUACUGUUUAUACUUAUAUAGUUUUCAGGUGUGGGUGUUGCAUGUCAUAAUGUAUGUGUGUGUGUGUGUGUUAGUCUGCCAUACCGACCGUGCCUCAAGGGGUCACCACUGUGGCACAAAUAAAAUGAUAACAAAACACUA